AUGUCUUCUGCUACUCUCAGUCGUACACUGAACCUGCGAUGCUCAGACGGCGCUGCUCAGACGACCCAUAACGCUCAGGACAUACCCCAUUCUCCUUCUCGCUUAGCUGAGGAUUUUGCAAAUGACGACUACAAUAUCACCGCUAGAGAAUCUGCAAGCACCCAAUUUAAUAUGACAAUAGCAGAUUACCAGGAUGGCAAAUGGCCGCGAAACGUACGGGAACGGGUAGAGCUGAAUAGCACGCCCAUUCCAGAUCAACUAUGGCGGAAAGACAUCGAAGACAUGCUACCGAAGAGCAUAUUCGAAGUCGAGGACAUUGACGAUGCCACACCGGGUCGAAGCUUUCACCUAGGGACCAUUCUGAACCCAGUGUGGAUCGACGGGCCAAAGGUCGGACUUCAAGCGACAGGCCACGCAGAGGCAAACGACGUGUGGGGUCCCGAAACUGACCUUCGCCCAUUUUUGGGUGCGACACGUUGGGGGAGGGAGGACGACUACCUCAUCGUACAAGACGCCACGUUCGAUGGUGAUCACAACUUGAUCCCGCAGUUGGCAUAUAUAUGGAGGAUGAUCCCACCGAUCAUCGAGGAAGUAACCAUAUGGUGA